UUUUUGGACUCAGUCCAAUCAGCUGUCGGGGUCUCGUGAUAAAUGGCAAUGCAUUAGUGAUAAUCAUAAUUACUUGGACAUGCGCACUUGACGCUUUGAGAGGGGGCUGGAUGGGGGGUUCAAUUCAGCAACUCUUGGAAUUUUUUUUUUUUUUUGGUGGUGGAGAAAGGGAAUAAUUGGCAUUUAUUGAGCUGCUGAUGGUCGGAUCAUGUCGAGGAGAAAGCAGCCGAACCCCCAGCACCUCAACUCCGAGGAGCAGCUCCUGGACGCUACUGCUGAUCAAAAGGAUUGCCCAAGUGCGGAUGGAGAGCGAGCUGUGAAAAGGUGCAGGAUAGAAGAGACCCACAUCUGUGACAAAUGUUGCGCGGAAUUCUUUGAGCUUUCUGAUCUUCUUGAACACAAAAAGAGUUGCACUAAAAACCCCCCUGUCCUCAUUAUGAAUGACAGCGAAGGGGCGAUGUCCCAUGAUGGCUACGCAGAGGACUCUCCAGAAGGUGCUGAGGCAGAGCCUCUAGAGGUGCCAGCUGCAGCGAAUGUUCAGCCAAAGAGAUCCUCCGUUUCUCCUGAAAAGAUGGAAGAGAAAGUGGACUCUGCUAAUAAAACUGUCCCUCAGUCUGCUCCUAAGACUAAUGGCCUUGGCUAUGUGCCAAAAACAAAACUGUCCAACACUAAUGUGACUUUACAGACCAUCAAUAGUACUAAAGUGGCUGUUAAUCAACAUGCUUCGAAUGGGGUUGCAACAUCAUCAACUAACCCCAAUGCCAUUCCGAUGAUCCUUGAACAACUAGUGUGCUUGCAGCAGCAACAAUUGCAACAGAUUCAGCUAACCGAACAAAUUCGUAUCCAGAUUGCCAUGAUGGCCCCAAACUCCUUGCAUCCCUCUAUUGCUGCUGCCACAGAUCCACUUAAGGCUCUUGGUGCGCACUUAUCUCAGCAACUUUCUGCAGCUGUUGCUUUAAUUGGACAGAAAGCUGGAACACAAAGUCUUUCACUUGAGUCUUUAAAACCGAGCAAGCUACCUCAUUCCAAUGUGGCCAUGCCUACUGCUGGUACUGUACCUCUUGCCCUCACCACAUCUCUCCUAAAGCAAGAACCUAGCUUGGGGCUUACCACUGCUAUUGGAAGGUUUCCCAACCCUGCCUUACCUCAUUCCCCAGGCACUGUCAUUUUCCAGAAUCCUAUCAAUGCUCUGGAUCCUUCAAAAAAGCUCAAGGGGAAGUUCCCAAACGUGACCACUCCUGAGACCAAGCCUGGGGGAGAUGACCAGUUCUUUAGGCAUAAAUGUAAGUUCUGCGGCAAAGUCUUUGGCAAUGAUAGUGCUUUACAAAUCCAUCUACGUUCUCAUACCGGGGAAAGACCCUACAAGUGUAACAUUUGCGGGAACAGGUUUACAACAAAAGGAAACCUGAAGGUCCACUUCCAGCGUCAUAAAGAUAAAUAUCCACACAUCAAAAUGAAUCCCUACCCUGUCCCGGAGCAUUUGGACAAUGUUCCUACUACAAGUGGAAUUCCAUAUGGUAUGUCUGUUCCUCUGGAUGAGUCUAAUGUAUUUGCGGAUACAAAAUCUGGUCUUGCAACCAACAUCUCAGGCCUUACAGAAACUGUUCUAGGCGCUUUUCCACUUAAUAUGCAGUCCAGGCCAUCUCCAGGUAGUGAAGGGGAGUCUGUUUCCUCUGGUGCUGUAGGUCAAGAGUCUGGUACAGACCAGAGUUUAAACUCUCCCCCUGUUAGUGGAUCUAGUGAACAAGGGUCAGAAACGACUAAACUUCAACAGCUGGUUGAAAACUUGGACAAGAACGGAUCAGAAACAAAUGAGUGCUUGAUAUGUCAUAGAGUGCUAAGUUGUCCUAGUUCCUUAAAAAUGCAUUACCGCACUCAUACCGGUGAAAGGCCAUUCAAAUGCAAGAUCUGCGGAAGAGCUUUCUCGACAAAGAGUAACCUCAAAACCCACUAUGGCAUUCACAGAGCCAAUACGCCUUUGAAAUUGCAACAUUCUUGCCCAAUUUGCCAGAAGAAGUUUACAAACGCUGUAGUUCUGCAGCAACAUAUUCGAAUGCAUAUGGGUGGGCAGAUCCCAAACACUCCCGUGUCAGAAGAAGCCAGUGAUGAUCUUGACAUUGACUCUAUGAUGGAUGAGAAGAAUGGAGAUUUGAACAACAGUUUCACUGAUGAGAAUCUUGAUGAUAUUGAUAUGGAAGAUGAUGACUUGGCAGAAAACGCAACAGGCUCUAAGCCACCAACCCCACACAGUGAAACAAGAGCAGAAUCCCCUGCUAUGCAGUUCUCUUCUGGAACAGGUCAGGACAAUCCGGUUUCUUUGCCAUCUGCAUUAAACUUGCAAAGGCAAAAUAGCGUGAAAUCAAGUGAGAAUGGCUCUUUGGAAAGUGAUGGAUUGACAAAUGAUUCCUCCUCUGUAGGGGAUCAAGAAUAUCCCAAUGGUAAGAGUCCCACACAAUCUGAGGCCAGGACUUUUUCACCAACCAAUAGCCAGUCUGACAGUAUUGCAUCCAAGUCGCCUCCUUCCUAUAAUGGACUUGAUGACCUAGGAAUGCUGUCAAAGGAUGAGCAUUCGCAGAACAGCUCCCUUAAUCCUGAUGGGGAUGGUGCCUUGGACCUAACGAAUGGCGGGUUUGCCCGGAAGAUCAAGGAAGAACCAGGUUUAAUUCUGAAUGGAGAACUAGGCAGGUCACCUAAUAUGUAUGUAGGUGCCCCACCAGCACUCAUUAAAAUGGAAGUACCCUCUGACCGCAUGGCAGGAGCAGCCCACUUUCUCGGGCCUUCAAACCUAUCUCCAGGACUGACCCCUCUUAUUGUCCCUCAGCGACGGUCAGCAAAGCAACAUCUUUGUAACGCGUGCGGGAAGAAUUUUUCCUCUGCAAGUGCCUUACAGAUCCAUGAAAGGACACACACCGGAGAGAAGCCAUUUGCUUGUACGAUUUGUGGCAGGGCAUUCACCACAAAGGGAAACCUUAAGGUCCAUGUUGGAACGCACAUGUGGAAUAAUUCUGCUCGGAGAGGGAGAAGACUCUCUGUGGAUAACCAAAUUCCUGCAUUGGGAGCUGAUGCCAAGAAAGUGGCUGAGAUUUUUCCAAAGUUCAUUGUGCCUCCUACAGUCAGCAUUGACCCCGCCAUGUGGAACCAGUAUGCCACCGCGCUUAGUAAUGGCUUGGCUUUGAAGACUAAUGAGAUAUCUGUUAUACAAAACAGUGCCCUCCCUACGUUGCCUGUUGGCAAUGGCGGUGCUCCUGUUAUCAGUACAGCUACUGUUGCCAAUAUCGACGUUUCUCCAGCAGGUGUUGGCCAGACUAUGACAGAAAUUGGGGAUUCUACUGCUGAGAGCGUAACAAAACACCAGUUUCCACACUUUAUGGAAGGAAAUAUAACUGUGAACUAAAAUCGAGCAGAAAGACUUAUGCAUUAUGGACAUCCAUGGUUUUGCUGUUAGUCAUGAAUUGUUUUUCAGCAGUCUUUUUUUUUUUUUUUUUUUGUAAUCUUUUUUUUGCUCAGAAAACAAUCAUAACUUCUAAACCAAAACAUGAAAAUUCUCCGUGAUGACACAGGCCAUACUGGACAAUAAAAAAAAAAAAACCCAAAAAAAAACGUGGCUGAAAAACUGGCAUCAUGUUUCUAAAGGUCAAAUGUUUACUUUGUAAAACUGUCUGCAAUUGCGUCAGUACUCUUUGAAUGUACAUUUUUACUUCCAAAAUCUUUUGCUGCAUUUCUCAUUUUACACUCCUGGUGAAAAAGACAGUGGCUUUGUCGCUUAUUUAUUAUUUUUCAUCUUUUCCCUAUUCUCCAUAUUUUUUUUUUUUUUUUUUUUUUUUUUUGCAUUAGGACAUUUAUUAAAUGGAAGACUGUUGCUUCGCUGUCACUUGGAAACCAAGCAGUAUUAAGUUAUAUCCUGGUUUCAUACAUGAACGCAAUCACAUUUCAGAAAAGCCUAGUGAAUUUAUCUACCUCAUAACUUUUUAACUUUUUUUUUCCCUAAAAAUUCUACUGUAAACUGGUAUUGGAAGGACUUACAGCACUGUUAAUUUUUAUUUUCAUAUUAGAUGAAGUUACAAGUCUUCGACUACUGUGUGGGACGUAAAUUUAUUUCUUGUAUAUAAAAAACAGGGGAAAGUACUUUUUUUGCAUUUGAAAAUGAAGAGUUGUAACUUUGUUUAUGAAAGGCCAAAAGAACCCCACAAACUGCUUAACCAAAUUGCAAACCUACCAAAAAUAUAUAUAUACCUUGUAGUUGCACCUAAAUAAUUGCUUCAUGUUGUUGCCAUUUUGUGCCUUUCUUGAUGGACUUGGAAAUUUUGAACAAAUUUUUCCUGUUUACAGUGUAAAAUGUUGGAAGAAAGACGGCAUUCCAAUACCAUGUUUCUGCAAUGUGAAUGUAUGCCUUUUUAGGAACCUGUACAUUUUUUUUUUUUCUUGAGCAUCUACUGAAUGUAUUAAGUGUUUGGGGAGGGGGGUUGAGUUUUUUUUGCUUCAGAGAAUAAAUUUUUGGGAUGACUUUCUCACAA